CUCUCUCUUCAACCAAACUCAUCUCCUUAAACCCACAACACAAUUUGUUUCAUAACUGAUUUUCUUCAUUCUUCAUAUUCAUAAUCUUUCUCUGUUCUUGUAAAAAUGUUCACAGAAGGCUUAGAUGAAAGUGCACUCAACUGGGUCAAGCAGCAGGGGUCAGAUAAGGAACAGCUUCGGGCCCGUUCGCCUUUAAGAGAGACAGUAGUUGAUCACGAAUACGUUAUACCAAAAUCCCCUCUUUCAUUCAAUUCCGCAACUUACAAAUCCUCUAAUAUAUUACCACCCCUUAAGUUUCAUUCCAGCCUACUAGGAUCUCAUAAUCUUGAAGCAAACAACUUCAACGAUUACGAAGACGACGACGAUGAUGAUGAUUAUGGUGAUCAUGAUGAGAGUGUGGGCUCUGCUUCUGAUGACAUGGACUGCACUUUCUCCGAAGGAGAAGAGUUUAACGAAGAAAUUUUUAACGUUAAUUUUGUUAAAUCGCCUAAACAAGUCGGACCAAACAAGUCAACGUUGAAUAGAGGGAUAAUAAAAGAUGAUCUUUCUGUCGAAGUUCCUCGAAAAACAAGAAGUUUUACGGAAACCGGAUGGCAUGGUGGGGCAAGCACACAUUUGAGUAACUAUGGUACCCCUAUAGCUGACUUGGGAACUCCGAGUGCACCGCCGAUUUUUGAAGGAGUAGGGCAUAUUGAUGAGGUUGAGUGUGAAUCAAGUAAAGAAUCUUCAGGGUAUUCGGGAUUUGAGCAAUCGCAAAAAGAGAUCAAUGUGACCGAAAACGUCGUAAAUGAUGAUAAACUUGCUCAUGAUGUAAAACUGGAGUCUUCUGUUAGUGAAAGUGAAGCUGUUAAGUCAAUGCCUUGUGGCGAAACGAACUUACUAGAUCUUGCACCUUAUUGUAAUAGUAGUCAAAAUCCAUGGCAAACUUUAAUUACAUAUGAUGCGUGCUUUCGGUUAUGCCUAAACGCAUGGGCACGAGGCUGUACAGAAGCACCCGUGUUUCUAAAUGAUGAAUGUCGAGUUUUGCGCAAUGCCUUUGGAUUACACAAGUUCUUGUUGCAACCUCGAGGUUUUAAACCGCUUGCAAGUAGUGGUACCGAGAAUACAGAUAAAGCGUGUCCCUUGAAAGUAAAGAAAGUGAUUGGAAAGAUUAAGGUUGAAGUGAGAAAAGUAAGGAUCAUCCCACAAAGAAAACUCAAGGACACAUACUCUCAACAAAGUGCUAUAUAUGUGCAAGCAGGAGUCGAGUACAUUCGACACGUAUCUUCACUUGUAAAAAGCAAAAUUAACAAAUUAGGAAUCUCUUCAUUCUCGCUUCCGUGUGAAGAACCGGUGACAUGCUUAUUGCAACUUAAAAGCUCUCAAGAACAUACAGAAACGGAAUCAACCUUAGGCAUUUGUUUGAGGCCUGGAACCGGUGAUUCCCAUGACUUUUUCCCGGAGAAUCAAGCAGAUGCCCUUUUGCUAGAAGUGCAGGGUGAGAAGAGAAUUAUCCAGGGUCGUGCAGUUAUUCCAGUUUCAUCCUUACAUGAUAAUCUUAAUGAUAGAAUCAAAUGGUGGCCGAUUUAUCAUGAAGACAACGAAUGCAUAGGAAAGGUUCAGCUUUCCAUCACCAGUACGGUUACAUCCGAUGAAACUACUCACCUCAAGUGCGGGCCCGUUGUGGAAACGCUUGCGUACGAUUUACUAUUGGAGUCUGCCAUGCGUGCGCAAUCGUUCCAUGCGCGUAAUUUAUGCGUUGUUGAACCUUGGAAAUGGUUGUUGACUGAGUUUUCCGAUUAUUAUGGAGUUUCCGAAUCGUACACUAAACUCAGGCAUCUUUCACAUGUAAUGAAUGUUGCUACACCUAUAAAAGACUGCUUAGAGCUCAUUUACGAACUACUUGUACCCGUUGUCAAGGCUAGAACAGAAAGAAGACUAACAAGACAAGAGAAAAGCUUGUUAUUAGACUGCGAAACACAAAUCGAGAGUUUACUCGCACUUGCUUUUCAAAACUACAAGUCGUUAGAUGAAAGUUGUUCUACAGGAUUAUCAGACAAACUGAGUCCGCUUCCGGAAUCUGCUGCUCCAGCAUUAGUGCCAGCUGUUCAAUUAUAUACUCUUAUUCAUGAUAUACUUUCGCCAGAUGGACAAGCUUUGUUGACUAAUUAUUUACAGGCGGCAGCGAGAAAGAGGUGUAGGAAGCACAUGGUGGACACCGAUGAGUUUGUGGCAAGCAAUACUGAUGGUUUUCUUAUGGAUUCUAUUGCAAUCACUACGGCUUAUUUGAAAAUGAAGAAUUUGUGUAUAAACUUAAGUGAUGAAAUAAAGACAGAUAUCAAGAUACAUAACCAACACAUACUACCAAGCUCCAUUGAUCUCUCAAGCAUCACAGCAGCAGUUUACAGCAGUGAGUUAUGCAAACGGCUUAAAGGAUUUCUUGCCGCAUGGCCUCCUUCAAGUCCUCAGCCGCAUGUCAAUGAACUUCUUAUAGCAGCCGCUGACUUCGAAAGAAAUCUUGAGUCAUGGAACAUUAGUGUGCCUCAAGGUGGCGUAGACUCAAGAAAUUUGUACCAUAAUUACAUUAUGGUUUGGGUCCAAGAUAUGCAACUUUGCUUACUUGACCUAUGCAAGGCUGAAAAGGCACCAUGGGCCGGUGUAAUUACAAAUUAUUCGACUUCACCUUUUGCUGAAGAAGUAUACGAUAAAAUUAAAGCAAUGUUGAGUGAAUAUGAAGUCGUGAUCAGUCGAUGGCCACAAUACACGUUGGUUUUGGAGAAUGCGGUUGCAAAUGUGGAAAGAGCAAUCAUGAAAGCACUUGAAAGACAGUAUGCCGAUAUUUUGACACCUUUGAAAGAUAGCAUUCCCAAGAGGCUUGGAAUACAAGUUCAGAAAUUAACGAGACGACAAUCAAACGCCCUGUAUUCCAUUCCUAAUCAACUCGGAACAUUUUUAAACACCAUCAAGAGAAUUCUUGAUGUUCUACACUGUAGAAUAGAGGACAAACUGAAGUCAUGGGCAUCGUAUCUUCCGGUCAACAACGGGGAUAAAAAGUCAACUUACGGAGAGCAAAUGAAUGCAGUUACUGUGUUAUUCAGAACAAAGUAUAAAAACUACAUGCAGGCUGUGGUGGUCAAGCUCAUUAGCAAUACACAAGCCAGUCGAAGUACGCGACUUCAAAGAAUUCUCGAGGAAACAAAGGAAGCAGACGGAGAAAGUGAAAUCCGUGACAGGAUGCAAGUUUUGUGUUCACACCUUGUGGAAUCAAUAUCCAACUUACAUGAGGUUUUUACAAAUCAAAUAUUCAUCGCUAGUUGCCGCGGUUUAUGGGACAAAAUGGGACAGAUUGUGCUAAAGUUUUUGGAGGGUAGGAAGGAAAACCGCGUAUGGUACAAUGGAUCUUAUUAUGCUCUUGGGAUUUUGGAUGAUACUUUUGCUUCCCAAAUGCAAAGAUUGCAAGGAAACGCAUUACAAGAGAAGGACUUAGAACCGCCUCGCUCAAUUGUUGAAGCCCGGUCUAUUCUUUGUAGGGAUACUAACAAUGCAGCAGAUACUUCCACCUAUUUUUAUUAAGAAGAUACAAAAUUAAAAUUCAUUUUUUAUUUAUAUGUUGUAUGCCAAUUCUUUUGUAAAGAGAACAUCUUAAUUCAUAUAUAUAAUAAUCAAUCACAUGGGGCCUUUACAAUA